AUGCUAACGUCAUCAUUAGAGCAUUCUGGUGAUACGAACAUUGUUGAUUCCUCGCAGAUGCCGACUGAAUCUGAAGGAUUGGAUGAGUCGGAUUCUAGUCGAGAUAAGAUGCACCAACAGAAUCAGAAUAAAUCAGAUGCAGAUGCUAGAUCAGCUUUGGCAAGCGAUGGAACGAGAUCCAAACGAAAGCAUGUUGUUCAAAAUGUAACAAAACGGCAGCUUCCAUAUCGAUCAGCACGUAUCUCGUCGUAUAAUGCGUUGGAGAGUGGUACUGGUGCCUUGGAAGUGCCACAUUUAGGAUUCAGUAAAGAAGGAUACUCGACGGUGCAGCCGUCUUCAGGAUCAGUUCAACAGAUACCUCAUCUGGAGCCUGCCGAAAUGAUUCAAUGUAAUGUUGCUGAAUACGAUGAUUUGGUUGCAGCGAGCACAUCGUCGUCGUGUGCCGAUAGCGGUGGAGUGCUUAAUAGGAUGAUCAGUAUUGAGCACGUGAAUAAUGGACGACAUAUUCUCGCACAUCAGCUCGGCGACUCGGUAUGGCCGUUACUGUCACAAGAGGCAGUUGAUUUCGCAUAUGCGGCGAACGUUAUCGUAGGAUUAUGUCAGGUUCCGCCUGAGCAAAUAUGCCAAAGUACCCCACAAAAAUUCACGAAUACGGGUACAUUCGUUGUGGAUCUGUCAACUUUUGGCAAUCGUCACGAGGUCACGCUGGAUGGUCUCGGCAUAUGGGGAAGACCGCAAGGUUCAUCCAGAUUCUAUAAAUUGGUUGGAUCAAUGCCGGUCAGAGUGUGGACCAUCAGUGGUUCUGAUGUCAAGGUACUUUGUAAUCGCUACGAGCACCCUGGAACGAGAUCAGAAUGUGGACGGUUCAUUCGUAAAAUCGUGACCGGUUGGAGCACCACGACGGGCAGUCCGUUGCCGUUGGCUGUGAUCGUUUACGUAUGGCUCGGUGAACCGCAUUCAAUACAAAUUAGAACUGCCGACAACGGUGACGUGAGGGCAUCGACACGUCCAUACGGUUCCCGAAGUUGGGAGGUUCGUAAUGUGGAUAUCUCCCGAGAUGAGGGUUUAGAAUUUGACGGUCAACCACUGUAUGCAAAAAUGGCGAUUGAUUUCGAUACAGUGGCCAGAAUUAUUCUGGGUAUUGAACUGGUGCAACCUAAUCGGAUAUGCAAUCGAAUACCACAAAAGUAUCGUUCGCAAGGUACGUUCGUCAUCGAUCUGGUCAAAGUUGGAGGGGAUGCUGAACUGAGAAAGGACGGUCUAGAUAAUUGGAGUAAACCAUCGGGUUGCUCAAAGUAUUAUAAGCUGAAUGCGAACAACGAGGUGGUCCGAACUGAGAAAGGUGCGUCAUCACAUGGUAAUGAGAAGACGACUUGUGAUAUUCAGAUAUUAGCGAAACGGUAUGAGAAUAACAGUGCGACGUGUGGCGGCGCAUUCGUGCGUAAAAUCUAUACGGGUAAGGCUAAAGUUGCUGGUGCUGGAUCUGAAACACAACAACUGUAUUCGAUUGCCGUUAUCACGUAUUUUUGGAAGGGUACAAUGAAUGUGGAUGAAUGUGUUUCGUCAAGAGUGAAUCACGGCAAACGGACAUAUGAGGAAGCAGUGAUAGAAGAUGGGAUUAGUGUCAACAGUAGUGUAGGAGUUAUUGAGGAAGCUACUGGUGUACAACCGAGUCGUAAAAUUUCCUAUAAUGAUGAUGGAUCAAAGCCGAAACAUCCAUCUGCAAAUUCAGCUUCGACGAGUACAAUACGGAAUGAAAAUGAAAUGGAUACAACACAAAGACGAGUGCCACGACCGUCAGGUCGCACAGGCAGCGGUUGGCAGAAUGAAGCAACGCCGUCGUUUGAUAAUCUCGUACUGAAUCACACGGAUCAUUUGAAGCGACUCGCGUUAGCCAAAGAACUUGAGAAUCAGAAUCGUUUAGCUGCGCUGUUGGAUAGAGCCGAGCAAUUUUUGGAUCGUUUCGAGCAGGCUGGACUCAAUAUGGGACUGCUAUCGUGUGACCAAGAGCCACAACAAUCGCAACACCAACAACAGCAAUAUGUCUUCGAGAGUAGCGAAGCUUGGGAAGCACAGCCGAUGGGGAGUGCUGCAAAUUCGGUAACGAUUGGUGGAGAUGAACGAGUGCCAGACGAUUCGAAUACAGCUGAAGGGUAUGUGGUGAAUGAAACAGAUCGAAUCGAUGAUGAGAGAACACUACAUGGUGACUUCAUGCAAGUUCAGUAUCAAUAA